GGUGGAAUAUGACUAUAUCACUGUCUUUCCUCCUUACUCCACCCCAAAUCAAGUCACAUGUCUGGAAUGUAUAGCAACAAUCGGAAGAAUAGGAACUGUACCUCAUGAUUUUGGUCUUAAACUUCAGAUCAGCUCCAACAGAGACUGCUUCCACCAGCCUUACUCACCCUCCAGGGAAGAACCCGCCCAACUCAUCCCAACAUGUGGUGGCCUGUGCAGUGCAUGUUGACUGAAGCAACUGGCAGUGUGUGUGUGUGUGUGUGUGUGUGUGAGUGAGUGUGCAAGACGCAGCCAGACAGUGUGAAGCUGGAUGUGACUAAGUGGACAACUUUACUAAGUCUUCUCUACAAGCCUACUACCUGAUUCCUGACAGAAAGGGAAUACCUAUUCUUUCUCUAUCCCUCUCUUAGUCUCAUUCUCUCUCCCUCUCUUUUGCUCUCUUUCACUCUCUUUCUCUGUUUGGUUAAGGUAGCUUUGAGAAGGGGGGAAGGUUCUCAAAAACCUCUUUGACUAAAGGUAGGCUGGUGAAAACUUCAAGAAGGCCAUGUGACCGUGGAGAAUGAGAAGAAGAGCAGAAGAAGACAUGUGGAGGUUGCGUUGAAAUGGACAUAAAGGCAGGAUGAUGGGUCUCAUCACUGUAAGAGACGUCUACCGUUAGAAUUUCAGCUGUGACCGAAAUACACAGGCCCUCAGGAUGUUCCAGAGGAAGAAGAAGAAGAGGAAGAUAGAGAUUUCUGCGCCCAAGAACUUUGAGCACCGGGUGCACACGUCUUUUGAUCCUGCCAGAGGCUGCUACGUAGGACUUCCACCGCAAUGGCAAAGUGUAAUAGAAACACUGAGGAGACCCAAGCCUGUGGUGGAUCCAUCCAGGGUCACUCCUGUGCGACUCAAAGCAGAGAAGACCAUUGUUCGAGGGAGUUUUAUUGGACAUGGAGACUACAUCGCUGCGGCGAUUGCCGAAAUGAGCCGCCUCUCUGUCACCAGCUCCAACUCGCUCAGGAGGACCAGUCCAUCCCUGCGUAAACGAGCCCAGUCCAUGGGCCGUCUGGGUGAGCUGGCUGAGGGGGACACAUAUCAGUAUCAGGAACUGAACAAGAACAGACAGCCGAACGGACAGCCUGCCCCAGACUGGCACAAUAGGGCACGGCAAGCCCAUAGCGAGAGUGGAAGCCCGUGGCCCGGUGCCAAAAAGAGUGCUACUCUGCAGCCUAACGGCAUGCCACCCAGAGCCAAGUCUAUUAUCGAAGUCAGCACGACGUCUGCAGAGCAGCCUCGGCUCAUGCCAAGAGACAUCUUAAGCUUACCUGGAGUUGAUGAAACAGAGCAGUACGUUCACAGCGAGAGCGUAAGGCCUCAUCAGCCGAGCUUGGCUCAGAGAGACAGUAAGACUAAUCCCAGACCAGUGUCCUGCAUCUACAACACUCCUACAUUACACCAAGGACCAAAGAUCAGCCCUAAUCCCAGGGCGACUUCCAGCUCAGAACUUCCCGCGGUCUCCACAGACACCCCAAGGAGGCCCUACUCCACCUAUGACAUGAAGACAAAUGUAUUUGGUUUCUCAGCCAUGACGAAACCCAAUGGUACCAGCAGCCCAAAAAUAGGACAUGGCACACAGUCGCACUCCCCUCUCCAGCACUCAUCGAGCUGUACGAUAGGUGUUUCUCCCAUUAAAGCCUCAAUACCACCCAUACAGAAUAGUCCCUCUCAGACCCGGCCCACCCCUGCUGGUUCUCCUGCCGCCAACCUGCCCCCGGCCUCCUCUCCCUGUUUGAGAACUUCUCAGCCUGCCACCAUCAUCUGUGAGCAACCCAAGAUCACUCAUGCACAGUUUAAGGCUGCUCUGCAAAUGGUGGUGGAUAAGGGGGACCCUCGCAUGUAUCUGGAGAACUUUGUGAAGAUUGGAGAGGGCUCCACGGGUGUCGUCUGCAUCGCACGGGAGAAGCACAGCGGGAAACAGGUAGCAGUGAAGAUGAUGGAUCUAAGGAAACAGCAGAGAAGAGAACUGCUCUUUAAUGAAGUGGUCAUCAUGCGGGACUACAGGCACAAGAACGUGGUGGAGAUGUAUAAGAGUGCUCUGGUGGAGGAGGAGCUGUGGGUCAUAAUGGAGUACCUGCAGGGCGGCGCUUUAACCAACAUAGUCUCUGAAACCAGGCUGACAGAAGAGCAGAUAGCUACAGUCUGUGAAGCUGUGCUACAGGCUCUAGCCUAUCUCCAUGCACAGGGUGUCAUCCACAGAGACAUCAAGAGUGAUUCUAUUUUGCUGACCCUGGAUGGGAGAAUCAAGCUGUCAGACUUUGGGUUCUGUGCUCAGAUCAGUAAGGACAUCCCGAAGAGGAAGUCUCUGGUUGGAACUCCCUAUUGGAUGGCUCCAGAGGUCAUCUCCAAAACCCCAUAUGGCACAGAGGUGGAUGUAUGGUCUCUGGGGAUUAUGGUUGUGGAGAUGGUGGACGGGGAGCCUCCAUAUUUCAGCGACACACCUGUAGCUGCUAUGAAGCGGUUAAGAGAUGAACCAGCACCUUCUGUCAGGAACUCAAGCAAGAUCUCACCAGUGUUGAAAGACUUUUUGGACUCCAUGCUGACCAGGGACCCUCUGCAGAGAUCGAGUGCCAGUGACCUGCUUAAGCACCCUUUCCUGCUACAGAGUGGUGCGCCGCGCUGCCUGGUGCCGCUGGUGGAACACUACCGCAAACGCAUGUCUUUCUGUUGAGCAAUUCUAGGAGCACAAACAAGGGUGUUACAAAGAUGAACUCACUGGACUGGAUUCUCCUGUAAACAAGCCUUGUGUGACUUACCAUUCCUCUGUUAUCAUACGUGUCUACAGUGACCUGUAACUGCAGCCUUCCACUCGUUACCAGUUUUGCGUUUGGAUAAGCAAUAUUGCAUGCUGGCUUUUUAGAAUGUUUAAUUUUGUCCACACAAUUCACUGAAACUUCUGUUUUUAAAAACUGUUAAAAAUGUGAUUCUAGAUUUUGGAAUUGAUUUUGUGUAAAUAAAUAAUUGUCUUUAAAUAAUAAAAAUAAUGCAGACAUUGUACAGAAGAACUUCUAUAAUAAAAAAUAAAAAAAUAUUAUCAAAAAGAC